AGCGUUCAUGUCCCAAACAGCAGAGCGGCUCCUUCCAUUCACUGCUGGAGUUCUUCAUCACAUGCGAACUUCCAGCCUGUCAGCUCUUGUAAAACAUUUUAUGCGGUUUCAGGACUUUUAACGUCCGUUCGCUGUUUCCAGUCGGUGUUAGUCGCUGUAAUGGAGUGCCGUGUGUUGUCUAUUCAGAGUCACGUUGUCAGGGGAUACGUGGGGAACAAAUCUGCAACAUUCCCCUUACAGGUAAGCAGCAGAGACCUCAAUCUGCCUUUAAUGGGCUCACUUAGAUGUCUUUUAACAUGCUGUAAAAUUGAAGUUAAAAGCUUUUAACUCGUUGUGUUCAUUGAAACAGAUGGUCGCCUGUAUAACUUACUGUAACUGUUCACGUCCUGCUGAAAGCCUCAAGGUCGCUCAAAUCCACUCAGAAUAAACACACAGAAGUAGUUUCUGUCAGUGACUUUAAUAUCAUGAAUCUUGACCUAUCUUAACCAUUUUUUUAGUCCCACACUAGUCAGGCGGAUUUAGGGCUGCCAGUUGACACUUAUUUCCUCUUCUUGUGAAAGUGAACAGCUACAGGUGGAGCUGGAUGGUUUAUUUCAUUUAAUCUGAAGGAUUAGGAGUCACAGUGAGAGAUUUAGAAAGUCAGGUUUAAUGUUUUUUUUUUUUUUUUUUUUUUACAGAGACCAGCAUUUCAAUUAUAGAAGAUAACACAGUAAAGAACCAUGAGAUUUAUUUCCAGAUGUGUGUCUAUCAUUUAAUCUGAUUGCUCUGAUUGAAAAACUGUCUCUUUCUGCAGGUUCUGGGAUUUGAAGUUGACUCUAUCAACUCCGUACAGUUCUCCAAUCACACAGGUGAGUCUGAGGGACUUUAGAUCACUUUAUCAAAGUAGAUCAGGAUAUGUUCCACUUUCACAACACUUCAACGGCUUUUCCAUCAAAUGUGAUGAUAUUAAUUUACUGCUAUUAUUGUCUAACCACAUGGACUGGGGAGCUGAAGUUGUGAUUUAUAGUUUUGGGAGAUAAGCUCUCAGAUAUGUAGACUUUGACCACUAGAAGUCAUUUUGCUCACUCCAGCACAGUGUAGAAGUUAUUCAGCCGGUCAAGACAAGACAGGCUUCAAAACAUGACAACAAUGGUUGAAGGUCGUUUAUCAGUUUGGACAUACAGAAUGAAUCCUGUUGCACCAAAGUAAUCUGCAGAGCUUUGUAUGAGCUGAGGUGUCUUUCUUUAUUACUUCCAGAGUUAAACUUUCAACUACAUGUUUGAGAAAUGGAAGACAAACAGCAGUGAUACAGCUGCUGUUAUCGUAGUAAAGUUCUGUAAGUUUACUGGAACCAUCAGACCUACAGAUGCUGUUUUACAAUCAUAAGAUAACAUCAACUGUUUGACAAAAAAUAGUUUAAAAACAUGAAGAAAACUGAUCAUUUCUACAAUUUGUGAAUCAGUACAAUAGUCAUCAGUGUUAAUUAGUAACAUUAUGAUUUGGUAGUCUAUCUUCGAAUCAGCCAUAAUAGAAAGGAUGUCAGAUUUUGUAGGAAUCCUUGAUGAACAUUUGCAUUUAAAUGUAAACAUAUUAGCUUUCAGACAGUAUUUAUUUUAAAUGUACAACUUGCUGAAAGCCAUGCAGCUUUUCCUCGAGCCAGCUUGUGUCUUCUCAUUGUACUUUAUCAACUACUAAAAUCCAACAAAAGCAGAGUCGUGAAGUGGAGUCCAACGUGUUAAAUUACUCUGAAAACAACAUAAAUAUAUCAAAUUGAAGCUUGUUGGCUGAGGGUAGGAUUAUACAAGAGUGAGAACGCCAAAGCAUGCAAAGAAUUUCCUCUGCCACGAGGGCACGAGACAGCGACACAGAAAUGAGCUCGAUCCAGGGAUCUUUGCUGUGCUUUCAGAUGAUGAGGUUUAGAGGAAACUGGCAUAAAUGUACAAUGCAACCUUUCAUCGAGUUCAUACUGUGUCCAAACAGCAUGAAUACUCGUGUUUCUUUUUUUUUUAUAAGAGGCUCACAUGUUUCCUCUCCCCUCAACAACAGCACAUGCUGCUUCUUUUCUUCAAACACUCAGUCAAGUCUCACAGUAGGAAGUCCUUUCUCUCACCUAGGGUUGGGCUUAGGUUACAUAUAAACUCUGUGCACUGGUGUGGAGAAUAUUAAGUGUGUGUUUGACUGUGUGCUAUCAUUUGCAGUCUGAACAGUUUGAGGGUCUUUUCUAGGCCAGUAGUAAAAAAAAAAGAAAGACAGAGAGACAAAGAGAAGAAGAAAUUGGCAGUCAGCACACAGGCGUCCCAUUGAAACACAGAUGAGGCCCUGUUAGGCUCUCGGUACAGAGGAGAGGAGCCUCAGCAGAGGAAGUUGGGGUUGGAUGACAGUUAUUUGUUUCCUGUCUGCAGAUCAUAAUGAGUAAUAAAAGUUUUAUCUCGGAUCUGAAAUGAUUUGAGUUAAAUGAUGAAGUAAAGUGACCAACACACUUUGUGGAGACCAAAGGAAGAGCGGUGUUGUCUUAUGGAAGCCCGAUGAAUUGAGCUCAUAGAGUGAACCAAGGUGGCAGUACUGCAGAUCCUACACAGGGGUGUCAGACUCAACCUUAGGCCUCAUCAGACCAGCUUUUCUUGAAAAUGAAGCAUUGCAAGAGGUGGUGAGCACCCACUGAAGCUCCAUCACAGGCAGAUGAAGACAGUCUGAGAAUGUCGGCUCUUUAAGCUCUGGGACGAUCAUGCUGUGCAGCUACAGCCAAUUAGCCCGAAUAAAAAGAGUUUUUCUUGGCAAGGUGUCGUGCAUAAGACCUGUAAGAAUGACUGUGAUGUUCAGUCAGGCAACACCGAGCGCAUGAUAUCCCAUACUCAAAUCCUUUUUGUUUUUCCACUCGAAUCAACUUUACUGGACCUCUCAAUGUCUGUAACUCAGGUGAAAACACUGAAUAUUUAUUCCAGGACCAAAGAUUGUUGUUUUUGUUGUUUGUUUUUGUUAAAUAGUGCUAUAGUGUCAUGGUUGGGCAAACCCUGAAUAGUCAUAAAUAAUAAUAAUAAUAAUGGUACAUUUUAUUUUUAAAGCACUUUUCAUAAAACACAAAGACAUUGCACAAUGCAAAAACAACAACAAAAAACAAUACCGACACUUAUAAAUGAACAUUAAAAUUAGAUAAAACAAACAAACAGUCACAGACAGACAAACACAAAAGACAAAACAUCACAAUGACAGAUUAAAAGCCUGUCCAAAAAAGUGAGUUUUCAGCAUAACGACUUAUAUUUUCCAAAUCAUGAAUCAUGAAAAAGUUGUGUAAUUUCACAUUUCCAUUUCCUCUCUUGAUCUCCAGGCUAUGCACAUUGGAAAGGGCAGGUACUGACUGCAGAGGAGCUUAAUGUGCUCUAUGAGGGCAUAAAGCUUAACAAGGUGAACCAGUAUGAUUACAUCCUCACAGGUGAGUCUGAGCUCAGGACCCUGGGAGGAAAAAGUUCAAACAAGUCUUCAUGCAAAUUCAUUCAAACAUUUUACAAUUCUCCUCAAAGUGGCCUCAGUGUGUGAGUGGGGUGGGGAGACAAUAAGACAAAAAUAUUCAGCUGCAGCUUAUCAACUUGUUGUAGUUUAAAUGCUAAAAGAGGGUUUUGAUGCUUUCACUCCCAAGGCUACAGCAGGGACAUGUCGUUCCUGGAGACGGUGGUUGACAUUAUUCAGGAGCUGAAGAAGGCCAAUCCCAGCCUGGUAUAUGGUCAGUGUAUAUCUGUCUCAGUCCUAUAUAUAUAUAUAUAUUUAUAUGUAUAUAUAUAUAUAUAUAUAUAUAUAUAUAUAUAUACCAGUCUCACAGGUGUAUCAAUUGGCUGUUUGAUUGUAAACCCACUUUUGAUUUGUUUCUCAGUUUGUGAUCCAGUAAUGGGAGAUCACGGCGUCAUGGUAAGAAUUUUACAGUAACUUCCUGUCAUCCUCUGACUAAUAAAACAACUAAUGAGCAAAUUUUUAUGUCAUACCAUAUUUGUAAAGAGGCCAAACAUUUAAAGCAGUUUUUAAAUGGUUUUGCCUUUUGUUGUUGUCUGUUUCAGUAUGUUCCAGAGCACCUGCUGCCGGUAUAUAGAGAGAAAGUGGUGCCUUUAGCCGACACCCUCACCCCCAACCAGUUUGAAGCAGAGUAAGCGGACUAAAAUGAAUAACAUGAUUUAAAACAGUCUGAAAAGAUUCAUAAAAUAGAGUGUAAAUUGAAUACUUAGUCUGUGCAUUAUUUCACAGGUUAUUAACAGGCAGGAAAAUCAACACAGAGAAAGAUGCUGUGGAGGUGAGAGUCCAUUCAGUUCCCCUCUGUGCUGCACAUAAUCUUGAUUAUGACACCAAAAGCCUGAGUAAAUGAUCAUAUUCAUGCUCUCCAGGUGAUGGACUUGCUGCACAACAUGGGUCCAGAGACCGUCGUCCUAACUAGUACAGACCUGCCUUCAAAAUACGGUGACCAUUACCUCGUGGCCCUUGGGAGCCAAAAAAUCGGUAAACAUGAAGCAAACUAACCGUAUUCCUUGUCUUGUUGAAGAGUUAAUAUCCGCUGACGUGGUUUUAACGCCUGUCCCUCAGUGUCGACAUCACAACCCUGUGUUUCUUCAAUCUAGUGAAUGAAGAUGGGACCAACACCUGUCAGAAAAUCUGCAUGGACAUCCCGAAGGUUGAUGCUGUAUUUGUGGGGACAGGAGACUUGUUCGCUGCUCUUCUGCUGGCCUGGACUCACCAUCACCCUAAAGACUUGAAGGCCAGUAACAACACGGACCCUCUAAUCAAAACAGCUGAUGAUGACUUUGUUGUGUUUUUAUUUGAAGAAUUCAUCCCAACAAACCUUUUUUCUGUUUUUCCGACAGACUGCCUGUGAAAAAACGGUUUCGGUUAUGCACCAUGUCAUCAAGAGGACCAUUUCAUACGCCAAUGGUAGGGUUUGUGUGUUUUUAUUGAGCCCCUCCCCUUCUAUCUUGAAGUAGGAGUCGCUCUCCUCUGCUCUAUCUACACAGUCAGUGUUGGUAUGUAAACUAUUGGUAUGCAUGAUAGAACAACCACGAGUAGACAGUCAUCAAGAUGAAUGUCCUCGUUGAUAACAUUGUUCAGUGUCAACCACUGAUAACAGUGAUUUACUCAAAGACUGCAAACACCUUCAAGAUUCCUCCUGGAUAAAAGAUUCAUGUCUUGAACUAAGAAUAAGCGUUUGUAUGUUCAGUUGACCAGAGACUCCAAAGACUUCAGUUUAUUGUAGUUUCGUUCUGACUGUUCCUCUCUCUCUCUUUCAGAGGUUGCUGGUCCAGGAAACAGGCCCAGUCCUGCUCAGCUAGAACUGAGGAUGGUCCAGAGCAAAGCUGACAUUGAGAAUCCUGCCAUUGUAGUGGAAGCAAAGGUUUUAGAGAAGUCUGUGGACUAAGAAAAAGAAGAGGUAAACAUUCACAUUGUGCUGGGACAAAUCAGCUUCAUAGGAUUUUUCAACAUUUCACAAUAAUCUGAAGAAUUAUGGCUGUCUUCUCAUCAGAGAGGUCAGCAGGAUUGGUUUAUUUACAUUCAGCCUACAGACACACCUGAAUUACUGCCAUAUGUCUUUGCACUGUGGCCUGUGUACAUAAUGUCCAAUUCGAAGAAAAAGGACAUUAUCAUACUAUGCGCUCGUUGAAAUAUAGUGUAAAGGGAAUCCUGAGUUUUCCUUUACACAGGAGGGACUAUCGAGUUACUCAUCUCAAUUAAGCUCAGUUUCAAAUUUACAAAACCAUAGGUGCGUGUGUAUAAUUCUACAAAACAGUUAUUAAUGACAGUUCACAUGUACUGUAUUUAGGCGUGUUGCUCACAAGUGAAGCAAGUACCUAAGACGUACAAAACAUACUGUAUUAGGCCAAAAGCAACACAUGAUGGUAACUCCAAACUAUUCAGAGCUUUUGCAGAAAACAAAACUAACCUCUACUUUCCCAGGAGCUGUUAAAGUCACUGGCAAUUUCCAGCUGUGAGUUUUUAAUAUGAUAAUAUAUAAUUAAUAUGAUAAAAUCGAUGCCUUCAGGGCCUUUAGUGUACUGUAGUCUCCCUGUUCUUAACUAAGUCAAUUGUUACAUGAAUAUUAAACUGUGCAAAUUUUAAGUGCAGAAAUGUGUUUUGUAAAUUUCACAAUGUAUCCAACAGAUUAUGCAAUUUAUAUGUAGUCUGUAGAGUGUCAUCACCAUGAUUUGUUUCACUUCCUCCUGCUUUCAGGAACUCUUUAUUUUCAUGUUCAUCCUAACAGCACAUGUCCACAGCUGUUUGAGAAUCUGUUUUCUUGACAUGAAUUUCACUUGAAGGUGUGUAACAUGUUUGGACCAUGUCUUAAACAUCUCAAAUUGAGGUAUUUGCACAGAUAAUCACUAAUACAUUUGCUGGAAAUAUGUUUGUUUUUCAUUUUUGACCACUGUCAUAUCUCAGAAUGAGUUUUAAUGAGAGACCUGACUGUAUAAUAGCCUUAACAUUGUUGCAAGGAAAAACAAUGGAUGUGAAUGUUUUUGUGUACCACUGUCAUGUUUGAUCCACACACAACACGGUAGAAGGACAAGUGCCAAACCUUAUGCUGCUGCGCCGGACUAGGGACACAUAGAAACUGAAUUAAUAAAUGAUUAAUAUUUUAUUGAAAAAG